CUCUCUCUCUCUCUCUCUCCGCUGUAAGAGAAGGGCCAGAUUUAAAUCACAAUCUUUAGAACUUAGAGAGAGAAACAAAACAAAAACAGUGAUAAAAGCUUACUGUCUCCCUCUCUCUCUUUGUCUGUGUAACUGUAAUCUACGCAUUUCACACCGUGUGGUUAAGUAGUAGCUGCUUAGUUACAGCCACUGUUUCAAUUACCAGAUUUGGUUUAUAUAUUCCCAUCUCCAUUCAAUCUUCAGAUUCUUCAGCCUGAAAUAGGGAGAGAAAGGAGGCGGUUUCUGUCUCUCUCUCGCUGGAUUGGUAGUUUUUGUAGGUUUAUAGAGUGUGAUUUGAAGCGGUUGGCAUUUGAUCUUGGUGCAUUUGGAUGUGAGGGAUAAGGUGGGCCAAGGAGGAAUCAGAUCGGGGAUGGCGGAGUUUUCCGGCGACGGGACGGGGCCUGCUGAGGUUAAUGGUGCUGCAGCGGCUACUGUAACUCCUGCUCAGCAGCUUACUAUUUCUGGAUCUUUUAAGGAAGGGGCUAAGAGUUCGUCUCGUAGGCGGACGUCGGUUAGGCGUAGCUUUGAUGCUGAUAAUGAGUUCAUUACUUUGUUGCACGGCUCGGAUCCGGUUAAGGUUGAGCUUAAUCGGCUUGAGAAUGAAGUUAGAGAUAAGGACAGAGAGUUAGGAGAAGCACAAGCUGAGAUCAAAGCGUUGAGGUUGUCUGAACGACUAAGAGAGAAGGCAGUUGAAGAGCUAACUGAAGAACUCUCGAAGGUGGAGGAAAAGCUCAAGUUAACAGAAUCUCUUCUAGAAACCAAAAAUCUUGAAAUCAAGAAAAUCAAUGAUGAGAAGAAGGCUUCCAUGGCGGCUCAGUUUGCAGCUGAAGCAACUCUUCGUAGAGUUCAUGCUGCUCAGAAGGAUGAUGAUAUGCCUCCCAUUGAAGCCAUUCUUGCACCUUUGGAGGCUGAGCUUAAGCUUGCUCGUCAAGAGAUCACAAAGCUUCAAGAUGACAACAAAGCAUUGGAUCGUCUAACAAAAUCAAAAGAAGCAGCUUUACUUGAAGCUGAGAGGACUGUUCAAGUUGCAUUGGCUAAGGCCUCUAUGGUGGACGAUCUCCAAAAUAAGAACCAAGAGCUAAUGAAACAGAUAGAAAUUUGUCAGGAAGAAAAUAAAAUUUUAGACAAAAUGCAUAGACAAAAGGUUGCAGAGGUUGAAAAGCUUACACAGACUGUAAGAGAACUGGAAGAGGCAGUUCUUGCCGGUGGUGCAGCCGCAAAUGCUGUGAGGGAUUACCAACGGAAAGUUCAGGAGAUGAAUGAGGAAAGAAAAACUCUUGACAGGGAGCUGGCCCGUGCAAAAGUAACAGCAAACAGAGUGGCCACGGUGGUAGCAAAUGAGUGGAAAGAUGCAAAUGACAAAGUCAUGCCUGUCAAACAAUGGCUUGAAGAACGCCGAUUUUUGCAGGGAGAAAUGCAGCAACUUCGUGACAAGCUUGCUAUUACCGAGCGAACUGCAAAGUCUGAAGCACAGUUGAAAGAGAAAUAUCAGUUGAGGCUCAAAGUACUAGAAGAAAGCUUGAGGGGGUCAUCAAGUAGUAAUAGGAGUGCACCAGAGGGAAGAAGUGUAAGCAACGGGCCUUCUCGACGCCAGUCCAUAGGAGGGGCUGAUAACCUCUCAAGAUUGACCUCCAAUGGCUUUUUGUCAAAGAGAAUGUCAACAUCUCAGUUGAGAUCUUCCUUGUCCUCAAGUACCAGCUCAGUGCUUAAGCAUGCUAAAGGAACAUCAAAAUCAUUUGAUGGAGGUACGCGAUCAUUGGAUAGAGGUAGCCGAGUGCUCCUAAAUGGCACCAGCCCCAAUCGUUCAUUCAACCAACCUUGUGAUGGAACCAAAGCUGCUGAGGCCCCUAAUUCUUGGAAGGAAAAUCCUGAUGAGAAACCCAAUGAGUUCCCAGCAGCAGAGACAGAGGAUAGUGUUCCUGCGGUAUUGUAUGAUUUGCUGCAAAAAGAGGUCAUAGCUUUGAGGAAAGGCAGUCAUGAAAAAGAUCAAAGCCUCAAAGACAAGGAUGAUGCAAUUGAGAUGUUAGCAAAGAAGGUAGAAACAUUAACUAAAGCAAUGGAAGUUGAGGCUAAGAAGAUGAGGAGAGAAGUAGCUGCAAUGGAGAAGGAAGUGGCUGCCAUGCGUGUAGAGAAAGAUCAUGAGAAUAGGGCGAAGCGGUUUGGCAAUUCAAAAGGGCCUGUCAGCGCUGCUCAGCUGCUUCCUACGAGACAUGUGUCACGCGGUGGGUUAACACGCAGCACGCAAUGACGGUAACUUCCACUGGUAUAACAGUGAUGCAUAAAUCUGCAUAGGUCUUGUUCUUUAUAUCUUUUUAUAAUUUUUUAUUUUUCCCUUUCUCCUGUGAUUGAUUAUAAGAUGGUAACUUGCGUGCCUAAUGACUCCGUGUUGCUUUGUAAUUGGCAAAGAAAAGUAAUCUCCUGAAGAGAACAUUAUCGUGGAAGGAAAUUGGCAUGCAUCUGACUUAGAUUGUUAUUCCUCUGCUUAGAGAUCAGCAAAAAGAAAAACGGAAAAAAAAAGGAAAAGAAAAAAGAUAAGAAAGGGAAGGAAUUGACUUUGGGCUAACCUUUUGUCAGGUUUUUCAUUUGAGUGGGCAGUGGUUUUGUGGUUGUAUAGGUAGCUUAUUGGGUUUUCUGUUGUCUACCAUUCUGCAGCAGCUAGUGUGAUCCUUAGGUUCAGGUUUGUUAAUAUUUUUGUAAUCAGAUAAAGUACAGAUGCUGUGGUUGUGUUAUUCAUCUAUAGUUUUAUUGUUGGUUAUAAAUCUCUCCAGAGUGAUUAACUUCUUC